UCUGUCAUUUUUAAGGCAUUUAUUUUUACUUUCUCUUUGUACUCAAGUGAACAUUAUAUAUCAGUGAAUAUACUCCCGUUGUACUCUUGUAUCAGUCCGCGACCUGACGGGAACAGGAAUAUGGGAAAUAAUGGAUGUGUGCGUGCAUUGUCUUCAUAGUGACUGCUUACAUGUAAUUUUUCUUAUUUAGCAAUGCACGAAAACCACGGAUGUUUACACGGCCCACAUGUUUGCGUCCAUGAUGGUUAUUUGAAUGAAGUGAAUGAGAGGAGAAGCCAAACGUGUGCAGCGAAAUAUUGCAUGGCUGCAAGAUUCGUCUGUAGGCUCGGAGCCUACCUGUGACAAGAGCAGCCAUUUGCAGUGCUAAUCCAUUUAGUACGGUUUGAGUGUUACCCCACAGAAUGCAGAGACGUGAAACUAGGAAUAGGGAAAUGGACAAAGAUUUGCGAGAAGAAGCUGCAAAGAGGGUAUCACGUACGAGUACAGGAGGUACGAGAACUAGCAUGCAUACUAGCAAACACAGUGUCUCCAGCAGUUCGGGUCUGUUGAUGGUUGGCCCAAACUUCAAAGUUGGGAAGAAAAUAGGAAGUGGAAACUUCGGAGAGUUACGGCUAGGGAAGAACCUGUACAACAAUGAGCAUGUGGCCAUCAAAAUGGAACCAAUGAAGUCAAAAGCACCACAGCUGCAUCUGGAGUACAGAUUCUACAAACUACUCGGAUCUCAAGAAGGCAUCCCGCAAGUGUACUACUACGGGACGUGCGAUGGCCGCUACAAUGCCAUGGUGAUGGAACUGCUGGGCCCCAGUCUGGAGGAUCUCUUCGUUCUUUGUAACCGCAAAUUCUCGCUGAAAUGUGUUCUCAUGAUAGCCAAACAGGUGCUUCAUAGGAUAGAGUAUGUACAUAGUCGACACCUGAUAUAUAGAGAUGUCAAACCUGAAAACUUCCUCAUAGGACGUAGUACUACAAAGAAGGAUAAAGUUAUACAUAUUAUAGAUUUUGGCUUAGCGAAGGAGUAUAUAGACUUAGAAACCAACAAGCACAUACCAUAUCGGGAACAUAAAAGUCUAACUGGAACUGCAAGGUAUAUGAGCAUCAACACACAUUUAGGCAAAGAGCAAAGUCGUCGAGAUGACCUUGAAGCCUUGGGUCAUAUGUUCAUGUACUUUCUCCGAGGAAGCCUUCCUUGGCAAGGGCUGAAAGCUGAUACCCUUAAAGAGCGCUACCAAAAGAUUGGUGACACAAAGAGAGCCACACCAAUUGAAGUGCUCUGUGAGGGUCACCCAGAGGAAAUGGCGAUGUAUUUGCGCUAUGUACGAAGGCUGGACUUCUUUGAAACUCCCGACUAUGAGUACCUUAGAAAAUUAUUCCAGGAUCUCUUUGAACGGAAAGGCUAUGUGGAUGACGGAGAAUUUGAUUGGACGGGAAGAACAAUGUCUACACCUGUUGGGUCCCUACAGACAGGCCAUGAAAUAGUGGUAUCGCCCAACAGAGAUCGCCAUGCAACGGCCAACAAGGGUGGAGGAAAAGGUGUACCUGCGUGGCAUGUGCCAAAGCAGCAAAGUAAUGCAAUGGGUAACCUUACUCCAGCAGACAGGCAUGGGGGAUCAGUACAGGUUGUGAGUUCAACCAAUGGUGAGCUGGCCAAUGAUGAUCCGACAGCUGGUCAUUCCAAUACACCUAUCACUGCGCAAGCGGAAGUUGAAAUAGUUGAUGAAACAAAAUGUUGCUGCUUCUUCAAACGGAAGAAGAAGAAGUCUGGCCGACAGAAGUGACUAGCGGUGGUACAGUGCAGCCCAGAACGUGAGGCAGUGACACUGCUACGUGCCACCUCCCAUUCAAACUCACGUGACAGUAUGCUGAACGGUAGCUGCCCAGCUGUGCCAGCAGGCUCUGCAUGAGCCACUGUGCCCUGGCACUGCUUUGUCACACGUGUGUGUGUGUGUGUGUGUGUGUGUGUGUGUGUGUGUGGGCACUUGCUCACACUCGCACCUUUUUCAGAUGCUUGUGUGCAAACAUCUAGGUGCAGAUGGUUGCGUCCAUGCCAUUAUGUGCACCGAUUAUGCUGAUGGUCCAGCUGACACUGGAUUGAUGUGAAAGUAUUGUUUCCUUUUGUUAGUUAAGUGAUGAAUCAUCCCGGAUAUAUAUAUAUAGUCUUCAACUUAAUGUGGAAAUCUACCUUAAUUUAUAUUUGUACAUUUUUGUUUACUUUGUGCCCUCCAUAAAUCUUGCAUGAAACCUUACAUUCUGUAAUUGCAGUAUCAUCUUUAUAGUACUGUGGCAACAACUUUAUCUCACCAUUAGGUAAUAUUGUUUCCAAAAUAUUACAGCUGAUGCUACUCGUAAUGCCUUUGUAAACUAUUUUAUUCUCAUUUUAAAGAUUUGAGGCAAUUUUGUUGCUGUUGUACUAGUAUAAUUGCUUCCAAAAAGUGUAACUUCAUGAAAAGUGAUAUGCCGUUUCAUUUUUUACCAUCUUUUAUGUAAAAAAAAAAAAUGCUUUCAGUAACAGAAAAAUCUGGACCUGAAACUGUUGUUAUUGCUAAUUGUAUGUCACACCUUGCAAAUCUGCCACAGAAGCAUGUAAAACCCCUAUAUGUAAUGCACAAAUUGACCACUUUGAUGAAUUUUGGUAGUGUUAAAUUAUUUUUGCAGAAUAUAAUCAUUUCAAGAUGUUCCUAGGUACCAGAAAAUAAAAUUUUUGUGAAUAUGUGUUCACGAAAAUAUCAGAAAUGCAUACCAAUGUGAAUGAAAAACACUGUUUGUCAUUGUCAGACACAUUUAUAACAGUUGUCUAGUUUAUGGAAGUACCUCUGAUGGUGAAAUGAAUUCUUGUAAGUGUAAGUUUACUAAUUGGUUAUUGGUUUUGUGUCAGGAAAGUAGCAAAAAUUACAGUUGACUUGAAAGGAUAUGGCCUUUGUUAUCUAAAUAACACCAAGAAUUAAAUUUUCACUCAUGGAAUUGUAAUUUAGCAGCCUGUUCAUUGUCUGAAGAAAGAGGAAAAACAGGCUGUAGUAACCAGUUAGAAUGUUCGUGAAUCAUCUGAAUUAUAUUCAGAAUUUUAUGAUUAGUUCAAUGUAUCUGACCAGUAGCCCAUCAUCAUCCUAUCCCAACUUGCUCUCCCAAAGGUAUAUGCACUGAGUUGUUGUUGUCAAGGCGUAACAAUCUUUAGUGUCAGUGAUACGGCUACCACUUGUGACUCCAUACAUUUAAAGAACAGUUUGACUCAAUCAGUUAUACAUGAUUAUGAGACAUUUUUACAGUGAGGUGUCAAUAAUAACAAGAAGUCUACUUUGCAGUAUUUGCAAAGAUAAGUGCUGUGACUGGACCACCAAACUCCCAUCUUAUUUGUGUUUGGCUUAUAUUUUCAGAAUCUUUCCAAAAAGCUGUGUGUUACUUUUCUUUUCA